GGCGCGGUCAUUCCGUUCGCACGUCGAUAGGGAGAGGUUCUCGCAGUGUAGAGGCUCUUGGAAGAGGAUGAUGAACCCUGCGAUGAUUCGGAAGCCGGCCAGCAUUAUCCCCUACCUGUACAGCCCCGGCGGGGGGGCGCUGCUCACCACCAAGGACGGCCAGGCGGUGGCGUACACGGGGCCGCUGGAGGUGCAGAAGGACGGCUGGGAGCGGCAGCUGCAGGGCUACAACAUGGGCGGCUCUCUGCCCUCCCCGCAGUCCGAGCUGGACGAGGACGAGGAUUAUAUGGACGUACAGUCGGACUCCCGGGGCUCCACCUCCCCUCCGCUCACCCCCACCGGCUCCCCCGACCCCCUGCACACGGACACCCGCGCCCUGCUGCACACCUUCUUCAGGGAAUGGGCCGGAGACGCGAAGCAGGAGGACGGCGACAGCCCGAGGGCGCUGCCCACCAUGCGGAGACUGGGGGGCGACAUCAACGAGAAGCACCGAAUGGCCUUUCAGGGCAUGUUGCAGAAGUUAUCUAUACAACGUCCAGAAGAUAUCCAGAAGCUCUCCGAGGUCCCCUCUAUGGUCUUCAGCGAUGGGGUUACCAAUUGGGGCCGUAUUGUCACCGUGAUAAGCUUUGGUGCGUUUGUGGCUAAACAUUUGAAAAGCAUCCACAUGGAGAACUGCGUUGGAAUCCUAGCGGACAGCUUCACAGACUAUCUUAUGACCCAGAAGAAAGAAUGGAUCGUAGAGCACAAUGGCUGGGAUGGCUGUGUCGAAUUCUUUCACGUCGAGGACUAUGAGAGUGGACUAAAAACAGUCUUGAUGGCCUUCGCUGGUGUGGCUGGUCUUGGAGCAAGCCUGGCGUACAUGAUCCGGUGAAAUUCUCUUAAGUUUGUUUUUAUAAACUUUCUUAGUAACUGGUGAUCGAAAAACCAUUUACUUUGACCUGCAUUGGUCUAGUCAAGUGGUCAGGACUGAGAAACGUCCCUCCCAACACGGCCCUUCUAGACCAUGUGCUGAGAGGGUCACUAAGCGGAGCUGCUUGGGCUUGCGGCUGUACUGAGGAAGAAAAGGUUUUUUGUUUUAGUUUAUUUUUUUUGUCUUUAACAGACUGUACAUUGUGAAAUCUUUAUUUUUUUUUCUCCCUAUAAAUAAAUAAAUAUAUUUUCACAAAAUGUGUGAAAAUUGUAUACCAGUACUCAGUGCUCGCUGUUUAAAAAAAAAACAAAAAAAAACCCAUUCAGAAACUUUAAAAUUGGGAAUUGGGUUGUAAAUACUUUAAAAGAAAAUUUAAAAAAUUUGUAAAUGUUGUACAAAUGUAUACUCGAGCCGUGUACAAAAAAUUUUGUACAAAUUUUUUUGUAAAAAAAAAAGCACAGAAAUAAAACCAUCUUUAUCGGCCACUGUUGGCCAAAAUGGAGGAGCCCCCAAGGCUCUUGUGUUGAGAAAUGCACUUUUUGUCUGAAUGUCAGACUUGUAAAAAAAAAUAAAAAAAGGUCAAAAUCUCCAAAAAAAUAGUUUAUUUUUAUAAGAUCUUUUUAGUUUCUUUUCUUUACUUAAGGGAUUCCCCUAUAGGGUGACUAUUUUUGAAUCCUCCCCGUUUACCAGUUUGUAAGCGGUUUGCUUUCCAUUCUUAGUUUCAGCCUCGGUGAUCGAGGUGAAAUCUACUGUACGGCCGUACCGAUCAUGGGGCGUGUCGGAAGGAAGCCCCGAUGCAGGUGAGAGGCAGCCAACCACCUCCCUCUCGGUUGGCCUUUACUACUUUCAAUCCUCUCCUAUUAAAAAAAAAAAGAGAGAAAAACAAAAAAAAUAUAUAAAAAGUGUAAAUGACAUUUUGGGUUAUAUUAACCCUUGGUGUUUUUGGUAAGUUCAUCCACGCAGAAUGCACAUGUUUGUUGAUUUUAUGUUCAGCCUAUUUGCCGUUGCACAUGGUGCUACCAUUUGUUUACAUGAAAGAAUAAAGAAAAUUAUUUUCAGUA